GUAGAUGUGGUGUGACGCGCUCACUGCAGGUCCGAUCAGGAAGAAGAGAUUGCGAGAGUUUGCUUUUUCACAGUUCUCUAGAAGCCUAGAGUUUUGUUUUUAAAUACUGGGUGAAUUAAAUUAAAUCUUAAGUUGUUAAAGCGAAAGGAUCCGACGCAAAGAUGUCUGUUGCCGGACUAAAGAAACAGUUUUAUAAAGCGAGUCAGAUGAUGAGUGAGAAGGUGGGAGGUGCAGAAGGAACCAAAUUGGAUGAAGACUUCAAAGACCUUGAGAGGAAAGCUGACGUCUCCAGCAAAGCCAUAUCAGAUGUGCUCUGCAAAACUACCGAAUACCUGCAGCCUAACCCAGCAUCACGAGCGAGGCUGACCAUGGUGAACACCAUGUCUAAAAUGCGCGGGCAGGUGAAGAGCCCAGGUUACCCGCAGGCAGAAGGCCUUCUGGGAGAGUGUAUGCUCAAAUACGGCCGAGACAUGGGAGAGGACACCAACUUUGGUGGCGCUUUAGUGGAGAUGGGAGAGGCCAUGAAGAGACUGGCAGAAAUCAAAGACUCUCUAGACAUUGAUGUCAAACAGAACUUCAUUGACCCUUUCCAAACUAUAAUCGACAAGGACCUGAAAGACAUACAGCAUUAUCUGAAGAAACUGGAGGGCCGUCGACUAGAUUAUGACUACAAGAAGAAGCGUCAGGGGAAGAUUCCGGAUGAGGAGCUCAGGCUAGCAGCAGAGAAGUUCGAAGAGUCCAAAGAAGCAGCUGAAACCAGCAUGCAGAACCUUCUGGAUACUGACGUGGAGCAGGUGAGUCAGCUCACAGCUUUGGUCGAAUCUCAGCUGCAGUUUCACAGACAGUCUAUGGAAGUCCUGGAGGAGCUGGCACAGAGAAUGAGAGAAAGAGUAAACAAGGCCCAAUCUCAGCCGCGCCAGAAACGGAUGCCUGUGUCCAGACCCAGUUUUGAUUGCUCCGAGCCGGAAGACUCUAACGGAGGCUGGAAUCCGUCAGCUGCGCCACCCUCGUAUACAUCCGCAGCGGCCCCCUCCUUUAACAGGACAUCCUCACGCCAAAAACGCAAUUCGACAGAUCAGCCCUGCUGCAAGGCUCUGUACGACUUUGAACCUGAGAACGACGGAGAGCUUGGCUUCUGCGAGGGCAACGUCAUCACACUGACCAAUCAGAUAGACGAGAACUGGUUCGAGGGAACCGUGCACGGCCAGUCCGGAUUUUUCCCCUGUAGCUACGUAGAGGUGAUGGUGCCGCUGCGGCACUGAUCUCACACAAAACAGGAAGAGGAAGUGCAAUGGCUGGUACAGACAUGGAGAAAGGGAAAAUCUGUGACUUGUAUUUCACUAUGAGCACUUUGACCUCCUGAGAGAGAUGUUGGAUAAUAUACAGUAAGUGUCGGGGUUAUUAUUUGUUACUUUUGGGUUCCGGUCCAGCGUUUUAGUUUAUCUUAGGAAACACUAGCAUUCCCCAAAGUACAAUAAACAUUGAGAAGUAUGUCAAGGAUAAAUCCAUUUUGGGAGUGUUCAUUCUAGAGGCAAAUGGAUUUUAUUUUGCCAUCAGUUUCCUAUAAUGAUGUUACUAAGAAGUGUCUUCUGUUGGCAAUCACUGACCUCUAGUGGCCGCAUUUGUAUAUAACAGUUAAAAAUGCUGCCUAGCGUUUGUCAAUCACGGCUCAGCUCUUUCUGAAUGGCACAAAGCUCAGUGUGUUUGAAUAUAACUUAUUUUACUUCAAAAUGCAGUUGUUAAUUUGAAUCUCAUGACUGUUUACCUAAACCUUUCCUAUUAGCUUUAGUUGUAUUGGGUUUGGUUAAUUUCCCUAAAUGGGAUAUGCACCCAAAAAAUAUAAAUUCUGUCAUCAUUUACUCACCCUUGCAUUCUUUCAAAUCUCUG